AUGUCUCAUAAUACAACCGUUAAAUUCAUCACUACAACGAAUCUCAUAAACAAUACAAUCAAUCAAUUUAUUCAACUAAAUUUUUCUUCAAGUAUUCGUUUAACUCGAUAUCUUCUUCAUAUAACAAUUCUUAUUCUAUUUAUUUCUAUUCUUGGAUUUAUUGGUCGUAAACAUAGUUAUGUUCGAAUAUCAAUUCGUCCAUAUUCACAAUUAUCUCGUUUAACCGUAUCAAUUGGUAUUAUUGGUCUUGUUCUUGAUGAUUUACUUGUUAUUAAUGGUGUAACACAUCGAAUAUGGUGUUCUAUUCAUCAAAUAUUUCUUCAUUUUUUACUUAUGAUUAUUAUUAUAAGUCAUUUAUUACCUGAUUUCUAUGAAUAUACAAAUCAAUAUUAUCAUCAAGUUAAUUCUAAUAAAUUAAAAUCUAUUAUUAUAUUUAGUUUUAUUAUUUUACUUUGUAUUCAAUUAUUUAUUUCAAUUAAAUGGUUAUGGAAUAAUAAUGAUUAUUUACCAAAUAAUGAAUGGAAUCCACCAGUUUUUUGUCAAGGUUAUAUAUAUCCUCAAUUAUUUAUUUUUAUUCUUCAUUUAUUUGAUUUAAUAUUUACUAUUCAAUUAAUACGUGAACCAAUUAUUCUCGAUGAUACUAAUCCUCUAUCAUCAAUAACUGUAUUUAUUAAUGAAAAAUUUUGUCAAUUGAAUGGUAUUAUUUUACGCUUGUUUUAUUUUACUGGUACAUCAAUUCUUCAUAUGUUAUUUUUACCUGGACAAUUUUCAGCUACUUUCUACAGUGGAAUAUUAGUUAUUGAAUUUGUACUGAAAUAUUUAAUUGUUAUCUAUCAUUUGAAUUUAAAAUAUGAAAGAAAUAUUGAUAAUACGAAUGGAAUGAUUCAUACAGAAUAUUUACGUUUAAAAAAUGAUGAUCUUAGUGAUGAUUCACGUUUGCUCAAUGAUAUUGACUGA